AUGCCUAGUCAACCAAAUUCUGGGAUCCCGCUCUCUCAUCUGCCCAACGAGGCAGGAUAUAAGCUCCUUGAACUCCCUCCAGAACUCCUUGAGCUUUUCGAAGGCCAGGACCCACCUCGCUUAACCCUCCACCCCUCAACAUCAGCCGCCCUUCUCAAGACCCCCCUCAAGACUUACUCUCUCCGCCAAAAAAACACCUCCAACGCCCUCAUCCUCUUGGCACCCACUACUACUACUACUACUACUACCGGUAUCCCGACCUCUGCCGCCCCGGAUACCGACAGCAAUGAUGGCGCAGACAAGGACCCAAGCCCCAUAGCACGAGCCGGUAUUAGCACCAUUGCCACGGUUCACGAGACGGUCGAAUUAGUUCCAGAAGCUGAGGCGGCGGCGGCACCCGCAGCUAAGGCAAGGGGGCGAUGGCAUGAAAAGUUUGGUCGGGGCCGUUAG